CGAACGACUCCAAAGUUCUCUCAUCUCACUCAUCAUCACUACAAUGUCAGUCUUCUACUACGAGCCAUACUACGACUUUGACCGCCUCCUCGAUGACGUCUUCACCCCGCGCACAGCGCGCAACGGCGGCGUCCACAACCUGAAGCGCGCUCUGCAAGGCGACGCUACACCCGAAGGCGCCGUCCGUGGUUUAAAGCCAAGAAUGGAUCUGCACGAAGACAAAGAGAAAAACCUCGUUACAGCCACAUUCGAGUUCCCAGGCUCGAAAAAGGAGGACGUCCACCUCGAAAUCCAUAAUGGCCGCUUAGUCGUGUCGGUUGAGAACAAAAUCUCGGAAGAGCAUGAUGAGGGUGGAUAUGCGAUUCGUGAGCGGAGGUUUGGCAAGUUUUCGAGGACGUUGCAGCUUCCGCAGGGGGUGAAGGAUGAUGAGAUCAAGGCUAAUAUGGAGGACGGCAUUUUGACUGUGACGUUCCCCAAGUCAGGUGCUGAGCUCGCUCCGAAGAAGAUCGCUAUCUCUUAAAUCGUCAAUCUCAUAAAUCGCCGGGUGUAUUUUUUUUUGCGAGGAGUCCUCCGAGCUUGUAUAUGUUUUUGCUUCUUCUGGAAUAUCGGAAAUUUGUAUUAUACUUGCAUGGAUAUGUAACACACUGAAGUCUUGAAAUGAUAAACUGUUCCAUUCAUCG